AGCGCGGUGUGCGCUCGGUUUGAGCCACUAACAGAUACUGCCGCAUCCGCAUUGCUUCCUUGUUUACUUGUUUUGUGGGAAUCUUAACUUUUAGAAGGUGAAUUCUUUUUUUUCCUGGGAAAUCGUAGAACCCCUCCACCUGUUUAUCUGAUCUAGACCCGCGUUUCAUUAAAACCCAGUCUGGUUUCCUGCCUGAAUGGCCACAGCAUCUGAGGAGCCUCCAGGUCUUCAGGGCCACACUUCCAACACGACUGGGAACCGAAAAAAUGUUGCCUCAGAGGUGAGAAGUAACACGUUGCUUGGAAAAGAAAUAUCGGGUCCAAGCAUUGGCAUGUCUCAGGCCCUGAAGAAAACCAUCGGCCAUCGAGGAAUUGAUCCCACUGGGGAAACGGUUUACAAAAAGACAACAUCUUCCACUCUUAGAGCAGCCAUACAGUUGGGCAUCACACACACUGUGGGCAGCUUGAACCAAAAAGCAGAGAGAGAUGUGCUGCUGCAGGACUUUGAAGUUGUUGAAAGCAUCUUCUUUCCCAGCGAAGGCAGUAACCUGACACCAGGCCACCACUACGGAGACUUCAGGUUCAAAACAUAUGCCCCUAUCGCCUUUCGUUACUUCAGAGAAAUGUUUGGCAUCCGGCCCGAUGACUACAUGUAUUCUCUGUGCAAUGAGCCUCUGAUCGAGCUGUCUAACUCCGGGGCCAGUGGAUCUCUGUUCUACGUCUCAAGGGAUGAUGAAUUCAUUAUUAAGACAGUGCAGCACAAAGAGGCAGAGUUUCUUCAAAAACUGCUUCCGGGAUACUUUAUGAACUUGAACCAGAACAAGAGGACCUUAUUACCAAAGUUUUAUGGGCUGUACUGCGUCCAGGCAGCCGGUAAAAACAUCCGCAUUGUAGUCACGAACAAUCUGCUGCCCAGUGCAGUACGAAUGCACCUCAAGUUCGAUCUGAAAGGCUCCACUUACAAGCGGCGAGCCUCUCCCAAAGAACGGGAAAAGGCUGUGCCCACGUUCAAGGACCUGGAUUUCAUGCAGGACAUGCCUGAAGGACUGAUCCUGGAGGGGGACAAGUACAAUGCUGUUUGUAAAACUAUUCAGAGAGACUGUUUGCUGUUGCAAAGUUUCAAGAUUAUGGACUACAGCCUUCUAGUUGGAGUUCAUAAUAUAGAUCAGGCCAGUCGAGAGCAAGACACAGAAGGAGAUGUGGACCAAACAAGACCACAAGUCCAGAAGUCCCUGUACAGUACAGCUAUCGAGGCCAUCCAGGCUGAGUCAGGAGGUGUGGAGCCAGUUGACCAGACCGGAGGGAUCCCCGCUCGAAACUCGAAGGGCGAGAGGCUGCUGGUGUACAUUGGUAUUAUUGACAUUCUGCAGUCCUAUAGGUUAGUAAAGAAGCUUGAACAUUCCUGGAAGGCCUUGGUUCAUGAUGGGGACACUGUUUCAGUACACAGACCAAGUUUCUACGCAGAGAGAUUUCAAAAGUUCAUGUGCAAUGUGGUUUUCAAAAAAAUGCAAGUAAAGGCCUCCCCAUGUAAGAAGCGGCGGGCCAACGGUCCUGCGAAGAAACCUGCCAGCUCUGGGGCUUCUCUGUUGACUCAAACCAGCGUCGGCAACCAGUACCCUGCACUCCAACAACAAUCCAGCACUGACACCAGGGAGGACACCGAGCGAGUCGCCGCCAUGCAGUCGGGUCGACCUGAUCUCCUCCCACAGAGCUUACCGCCCAGCAGCACCGCUGUCAACACUCCUGGAACUCCAGUUUUUGUAUUCCACACCGGAUUCACAUCUACAACACUCACUUUGUCUCACUCUCAGGAUACCUCGGUGAGAGAAUUUGGAAGUGAAACAGCCAGCAGAAACCAGGACAGCAGCACCCCCAAGAGAGCUCAGCUGUCUUUUGAAGAAAGUAUUACUGCAGAGGAUACAAUCUCACUCAGUGACAUGGCUUCGCCUGAAAGCUAAGGCCCUGCGUAGGAUGUGGAAACGUAACCGGGAUUCAACCUAAACAAAGCUGGAGGUGUUUAUCUGCAACACUGAAAUAUUUACAACACCCCCUUUGUCUUUCUUGAGGUAACAGGACUAAUAAACCCUCGUUGUGAAUCACUGGGACCAUGCAGGACUGUGGAUGUUGGUUUAUGUUCCUGUUUGUUUGCACUUUGAUUUCCGAACAGAUGUGUUCUGACACUAGAAAUGUGGGCACAUUAAUGUGGUGGUUAGGAACACUAUCUUUCACUCACAGGAGUGCCUGUAUUCCCAACUAGUAAUUAUAUUUCACCCUGAUGCGCUCAUUUAAACCAGCAUUUGCUGUGAAAUCAGGAUGUUUUUGCUUUUUUUUUUUUUGUGAAGGAGUUUUUAUUUUUACUGUCAAUUUAUUUGCCUUUUUUUUGGAUGCCUUUCCUUAUUUUGCAUUUCCUACAUCACUGUAGAAGAUCCUAAUCCAAACCCUGGUAUCUGUCCUUCUAUAUAUUGUACAUAAAAGAUGGAUGUAUCCAAAGUGGAUUGGUUUGCUCAAGAUUCUUGCAAUUUUGAGGUUUUUAAGAUGUGACCAUUUUUGGAAAAUAACUGCAGAAAAGUAUGUAAUUAAGGGAUAGUAUAUAAAACUAAUCAAAAGGAGUGAGAUGAACUAAAGAUGUCAAAUGACGUAAAUGUAUUUAUAAUAGGAGUUUGUUGGAGUCUAAGACCUUUAGGACCCCCUAAUGGGCAAACAGCGGUACUGCAACUAUAAACAUUGCAUAUUAGCUUUAUUACUUAUAAUAAAUGACUGCACACAACUUCUAUAAACAGUUUGUAAAUCUCACCUUAAAUUAAUAAUUUAGUUGCUUUAAAACAAAACCAUACAAUAUGUGUUGGGAACACGCUUACUUUUUGAAAACAGAUGUUUAUUUUGAAAGAAAUUACUGUAUUCAUUUGUAAUAAGAUGCUGUUUUCUUUUUAAAGCUUACUUUAAAUGUACAUAAUGCUGGCAAAAGACGGGACCCUUAGCUUUUUAUUAAUCAAAUUUUCUAAUGGAUGUAUAUGACUUGAGACACUGUGAAUCCUGACAACUUCUAAUGUUAAAGUCAGAGCUAUAUUUUAAAAGCAUGUUGUUGUUUUUGUUUUUUAUGCGUGGUACGUACGUUGAAUAGAUGUGAUCAAAUGUAAUUGACAGCUGCUGAAAAAGCACCUCAACAAACUCUGAUCUGGGAUCUGUCUCAUAAAAACAAAUCGCUGAGUUUGUUUGCGAUAUUUAGUCUGAAUCUUUUCGUGCAAAUGGAGCCAAAGCCACCGAUCAAACCUGUAAAAAGCAGUUUCUGUUGAAGCCUUCUAGCUAAUCAUGUAUCAUUAGUACCAAAAAGUAAGAAAAUGACAUUAUUAUAAGCUGGUACAAUCAUUUUGUUUUCUCAUGGAUCAUAUGCGGUUGGUACGGUGUUUACAGCAUUACUCAGACAUUGCCAAGUGAUGUGCAUGGAAGUAAAAAUGUUUUUCCAGAGGUGCAGAGGCCAACGUUUGGGAUUUACUGACGUUCACCUGAUCUGGAUGCAGGGUUGUCCAUCCCUGUGAGACACAUGCACAGACACUCUUUGUUCAUUAUAUUGUAAAAAAAUAUUAUGGCUGUACAUUUUUGCAGUCUAAUCAGCUACUUAAUCUGUUCCUGUAUAAUGUCAGAUUUAAUUAAAACACAUGGUCACUGCACUAUUUUCUCUGUUAUUUUACCAAGUGCAUUUCUGUUUGUAUAACCCAACGACCUUAAAUAGUAAAUAAUAUUUACUAUUUAACGACCUUAAAUAGUAAAUAAUAUUUACUAUUUAAGGUCGUUGGGUUGAUUGCUUUUAUUAUGGUAAACAUAUUAUGUUUACCAUAGAAAAAUCGAUAGACUUCUUUUCCAUUUUUUAUAUAGAGGGGUUUAUUUUCUCUACAACUGAUUACAAACGUACUGAAUUGAUAAGGAAUCUCCUGAUCAGGAUGUUUUUUCGUUGUUGUGUUUGUACCACUAAACGUAUUAUUCGGUAUUGGAAAAUACCGGUUGAUGUAAUGGUCCCAGUCGGAUACUUUAUAAGAAUUAAUGCCACGCUUGAACCCCAUUGGCUUUAAAAAUACAGUCAAUUAACUCCACAUUUCAUCUGACUAGAUUAGAACUGUUUCCUACCCAAGUCACUCACCAGAGAUGCUUCGGUACACUGCAGUAUCUGUUUUUAUUGACAUCCACAGUUACUUUAGUUUCUGAAUGAGGUUUUUGUUUCUACAAAUAGAUCUGACACAAUACAUAGAGAUGCGAACUACAAUGAUGAUGUUUUCAUCAAAAUGUUUCUCCUUAGUAGAAGUAGUAAUGUUAAAGAGUGCCACAGUCACAGCUUAAAUCUGAUGGAGAAUCUGUGGAGGGGCCUUAAGAUUAGGGUGAUGGCAAGGAGGACCUCCAAUUAAUUUAAAUACAGUUGGAAACAUGCAAAAGCACUUAAGAACUGCUGUAUUGCUGCAAUAUCUUUAUCAUUGAUUAUUAAAUAGGGUAUGAAUAAUUUUGGACAUGCUGUUUUUUUUUGUUUUUUUUUUAUGGGGAUAAAAACUAUAUUUAUUGCCAAUAUUGAAACUGCUUUUACAUUAUUUUGAUACAUCACAUGUUUUGUGAGAUGCCAAUCUCAUUUCCAUUCAGUAACAAACUUGUAAGUUAAAUGAAAAUUGGUUUAACUCUAAAUCUGCAAGGGGCAUGAAGAUUUUUGGGUUUAACUGCAUUUAAUUUUUUUAAAAAAGCAUUGCCAAUAUAUGAACAAAAAAUAUGACUCGGUAUAUAGAUAGAUCUUCCAAAAAAACAUACUUUCAUGAGUAUACUAAUCUACCAUGCAGUUAGAUUAUACCAAUGACUAAUGUGACUACAAAUAUACUGAAGAAUGUUAAAACUUUACACACUUUGUACAAUAAUGUUUCCCCUGGGUCAUACACCACAAUAUAUCAAAUGAUGGUAUAUUUCCUGUUUUUGUUCAUGAAACAAUAUAUUUAGAAAUACUAUUCUUUUUUGUGUAUUUUUUGUUUUGCUUGUUGAAAAGAAGAGAAUUACCUUGUCUUAAACUACAGAAUGGUUUUUGGUUUAGUAAAUUGUAAAUUAAAAAAUAUUUAAUCUUUGA